CCUCACCGGGUGUUCUCGGGAUGGGGAGGAAAAGCGUGACGGGUGACUCGAGCCCCCGCCGCUUGUCGUGACGUUCGUUUCGACUCAAAAGAAGGUCUCCUUCUCAAGUAGAAGGGGAGUUGCUCCUACUGUUGAGGAAAAGUGAAGUUUUUCCGUAUUCCCUCGGGCCACCUCAAAGGCCCCAGCAGAGCUCGAGGCCCGAGGCCCGUUGCUUACUUCAGCCGAGAAGGAAUCCACCGUAAGUGCUCAGCAGCCUUGGUCCUGCUACACUUUCUUCCAAGAACUGGUCUGAGAAAGCAAACGGAGGUUGACGAUUUCUGGAGGCACUGCCAUAGACUACAUCUUACUCAGUCCUCACCACAGCUUUGUUGAGGUUGCUCUUGCUGUUGGCUUAGCCCAGCGUGCAAUCUUGAGCCUGGUGUAGGCCACACCCACUCUAGCUGUGGAUAUCCUCCACUGAGGCUCAGAGAAGGCAAUAGAUUGAUCCUAAGGUUCUGGAAUAACAUCUCUUCAUCAAGAAACCACCGGAGCUCCAGGGAGCCGGGGGAGUGUCAUUGUCAGCUCUGGCAGAAGCCAGUAUGGCUAUUGCCUUGCAGCCCAGUGAUUUAGUGUUUGAGUUCGCAAGCAACGGGAUGGAUGACAUCCACCAGCUGGAAGAUCCCUCAGUGUUCCCAGCUGUGAUCGUGGAGCAGGUCCCCUAUCCUGAAUUACUGCAUCUGUACUCGGGACUUGAUUUGGAUGACGUCCACAAUGGCAUCAUAAGGGACAGGACCGUGUGCAUGACACAGGAUCAGAUCCUAGAAGGCGGUAUUUUGCUGGCAGAUGACAAUGAGUCCACCUCACAAAACGUGUCACCUACUGAAGUCCUAUUCAAUGUGGAAACUCCCAACGAUGUCCUGGAUGAGAAGCAGAUCUUCAGCACACCUGAAAUACUUGCAGACACAGACUCUGUGCAGGCCAUCAAUCUGCCCAACUUCCUGUUUUCUGCCACUGAACCUGAAGACCCAAAGAAGACAAGUGAUACUGGUGACCAGAAGGAGCAGCCUGUGGAGGAGAGGGUCUCCAGAGAUGAGAGUCCUAAGAAGAUGGGGAAGACAAGGAAGAGAAGCCGAAAGACAAAGAACAACCGAAGUACCUCACCUGUCACUGACCCCAGCAUCCCCAUACGGAAGAAAUCCAAGGAUGGCAAAGGCAGCACCAUUUAUCUGUGGGAGUUCCUCCUGGCUCUUCUGCAAGACAGAAACACCUGCCCUAAGUACAUCAAGUGGACCCAGCGAGAAAAAGGCAUCUUCAAGUUGGUGGAUUCCAAGGCUGUGUCCAAGCUGUGGGGCAAGCAGAAAAACAAGCCUGACAUGAACUAUGAGACUAUGGGGCGCGCUCUCAGAUAUUACUACCAAAGAGGAAUUCUGGCCAAGGUGGAAGGGCAGAGGCUGGUGUACCAGUUUAAGGAGAUGCCUAAGGACUUGGUGGUGAUUGAAGAUGAUGAUGAGAACACCGAAACACCAGAAGUGCCACCUCCCCAGGCUUCUACUUCCUCCACGCCCUCCACCAGCACCAUCCGGAGAGCCAGCUCCAGGGCCUCAAACAGAGCUUCCGCCCAAGACAAGGAUAGCCUUUCCUGGGAGAAGCCAAAGGUUCAACACGCUGGUCUCCAGCCAUCUGCAAGCCUGGAGUUAGGACUAUCUGUGGAUGACGAGGUCCCCACUACCUCCACCUUGCUUGUCUCUCCAAUACAGAGCCAGGCCACGCUCACCAAAACUGUGAGCACUUCUUCAGUGCCCAGCAACAUACACCUAGGAGUAGCCCCUGUGGGACCGGGCUCCACUGUCACCCUGCAGACCAUCCCGCUGACUACGGUGCUGACCAAUGGGCCUCCUGCCAGUACUACUGCUCCUACUCAACUCGUUCUCCAGAGUGUUCCACAGGUGUCAACAUUCAAGGACACCUUCACUUUGCAGGCCUCCUUCCCCCUGAACACCACUUUCCAGGAGAGUCAGGUUGCAACCCAGGGAGCCCCAUUGAUCCUCAGUGGCCUCCCUCAACUUUUGGCUGGGGCUAACCGUCCGAGCAACCCAGUAGCAACCCAGGUCAUAGGUGCUGGCUCAGCAGGGCCUAGCUCUCAGCCCCCUGGGACUGUCAUUGCUGCCUUUAUCAGGACUUCCGGUGGCACAUCAGUGCCAGGGGUAAAGGAGGGGCCCUUGAGGUCCCCCUCAUAUGUGCAGGGUGUGGUGACCGGGGCCCCUGUGGAGGGCCUGUUGGUUCCUGAGGAGACCCUGAGAGAGCUCCUGAGAGACCAGGCUCAUAUUCAGCCACUUCAGAGUCAGGUGUUUUCCAGGGGUUCCCAUAACCUGAGCAUUGUGGGGAGUCAGACUCUCUCUCCCCCUAGCCGCCCCACUGUUGGGCUAACCCCAGUGGCUGAACUUGAGCUCUCGUCAGGCUCAGGGUCUCUGUUUGUAGCUGAGCCUAGUGUGACCACAUCCGGGAAUCUGCUGACCACAUCUCCAACCCCAGCCUCUUUCUCCCCUUUCAACCCUACUUCACUCAUUAAGAUGGAGCCUCAUGACAUAUAAACAAAGAGAACAAAAGUAUGGCCUACCAGGCAAAAGUGUGAAGCCUUUUCAUGUAGCCUUAAGUAGAAUACCUGCCCUUACAUCUAGUGGGGUGUGAUACAUUUGAUACCAAGUCCCGCAGGCCUUGUUCUGACAUCACCAUGAUCAAACUAUGCCCAGCUCAAGCAUUCCUGGCUUCAGCCCAUGGCCUUCAAGGGCACUAGGGACUAGAUACGCUCUUAGAAGGAUAAUGGGUUAACUUAGUGAUGGGGGUAAAACCCCAAGCCAGGAAAUAGCUUGUGGACAGAACUGGUCAGAGGCCACAUGAGAAGUUAAGCCUGGUCAUACUUUGUUGUCUAUAUUCCCGACACAGGGAACUUACCAUCCAUAUGUGAAUAUCUUCGUAUGUCUUUGUGUGUACUUGUGGGUCUUCAUUUCUUUGAGGAGGAUGGGAUGUAGAUGUCAGGUCUUUUCUUCAAGUGUGUGUAUGUGUGUGUGUGUCUGUGUAUGUCCCCAUCCAUUCCUAGGUCAGCCACAGACAUGAGGCAGUUUUAAGAGAAAGCGCUCUCGCUCUUGCUCUCGCUCUGGCUCUCGCUCUUGCUCUCGCUCUCGCUAUCUGCUCUCUGCUCUCGCUAUCUGCUCUCUCCUAGCCACAGUGCCAUUCUGAGACUAGAACAUACCAGUUUGAUGCCCCCAGUCUGGAGACAUGUCACAGACAUGGAACAGGUCUAGGUAGGAGAGUUUCAAUGGGUGGACACACUGAGGACAUUGCUAAGGGACAAGAGGCCACAUAUAUUAACAACAUUGCAAGAGGGGAAAGGAGUACACCUAGCCUUGGGAGCAAUUACUUGUCAUAGUCAUCUUGCUAUCAGGCUGAAACCUGGAGUAUUUUGCUGAAGGUUGUGGGGCAAAGCACUUACCUAUAGUUAGCCCCAAUUAUAAAGUCCCUAGCCCAGCCCAAAUGGAUUGAAUGUUUGGGACCAGGGCUUUUGACUGUGUAAGAUCGGCCUUAUGGUUAACAAUGGCCUUUUUUGGCACAGUGCUCUUCAUUCCCUAUCUCAGGUUCCCUCUUCAGUCUGUUUGCCCUGAGAUCUUCCACCUGUUACGAGGUGCUGAGGCUAGUGGGGUGGCAACCCAGCUCCAGCCACACACUCUAUCCCACCCUCUUCCUCUCACAGUGUCCCUGAAAGACUUCUGGUGGACCGUUGCUUUUCAUUUCCAGCUAUCACACCUAACCCAGUUCUUUCUUCACCAAGAAGACGGGAGCUGGCACGAGUUCCCACAGCUCCUAUCGGCAUGACUUGACUCUUUGCUUCUCUUCUGUUUCUGCAAAGGGUUCUCCUAAUGUCUCUUAAAGUCAGCCUCUCAGCUGAGGGCCUUCAUCUCCCUUCCUUGAAUCUGCUUGCCUCUCUCCUAACAGCUUUAGGGGCAAUGUUGAGAGAUGUUGGGCCCAGAAGCAACUCUAGGCUCUGGUGAAUUUGGUUAAUGUGAACCAGUGCUCCAGGACCCUUGCUAUGUCCUCUGUGCCAAAGCACCUAUUUGACCUAACUACCUCCCUGGCUGCUCUUCAUUCUCCCCUACUGUUCUAUCUCCUUCCUUGGGGGAAGGAACCAUCUGUGGUUAUGCAGGUGCGUUUGCUACGUUCCCGGCAGUUGGCACUGAAAUGUCUUUGCUAAUAAAAUCAGCUUAUGAUGACAAUCUCUUGAUGGUUGGAAAUAAGCAUCUUGAGAAAAGGUCACAAUUGUUGCUGUUGUUGUUGCUAUUGUUGUUGUCAUUGUAUCUGGGUGUUAGUUUUUUGAGACAGUAUCUCAUGUAGUCCUUGUUGGCUUCGAACUUGCUAUGUAGGUGAAGAUGACCCUGAAAUUCUGGUUCUUUGGUCUCCACCUUACCAGUGCUAGAACUGCAGUUGUGUACCACCAUGCCAAGUUCAUGUGUUUCUUUGGAUCGAAGCCACGACUUUGUGCAACCUAGACAAGUAUGCUUACCAAUUGUGCUACACCCCCAGCUCAAACAGUUUUCAUGAGCACAAAGGCACAGUGUGAGUUGGGGUGAUCCUGCAGCAACCUAGAACCUAAUGUCUGUAUACACUUCCUAACUCCAAGGAAAUUGUCUUAAGGCCACCAACAGUUUUUAAUAGUCAAAUCAUCUUUUCCACAGUUCUCGGGCCCCUGUUAGCCCACACUUGCGGUGCCCUUCUACAGUGUGAGCUCCUUACCAACUCUUUCUAUGUGAGUGUUCUCCAAGGGUCCCACCAUUGUCAUGGGCCGGUUAUUUGAGAUGAAUUAUUCAAUCCAGAACCCUAGUGAGCUGCUUCCUGAUUGUCUAGACUGGAAAUCUCCGAGCUGUCCAGUGGCUACCUGCACUUGACCCUGUCCCUCUCAUCUCCUGACACUCUCAUCUCCUGACAUCUGGCCUGUCUUCAUUCCCAGAGCGUCCAGCCUGGUUCAUGCUGCUCAGCUUCCCCCUUCCCAACACAUGUCAGCACCCUGUCCAAUGUGACUUCUCGGCACGUCCCAUCUCGCAGGCCACUUACUCUGUCCUUCCUGUGCUAAAAGGCCUUCAGUGAGUCCUAGCCUGCAGGUAGGGCAAGUAUUUACAACACUCAUCCUCCAGGCUUUUCUAGAGGCCUAGCAUUAAUCCUUUAGUUCCAGAAUCAUGACAUGUCCCAGGGGGUCCUGCAGGAAUUGAGGAGCAUGUGGAGAGCUGUGGGUAGUAAUUCUAGAAAGAUCUGAAGUUUGGUAUCAGCCCUACCAGGAAGCAAAGCUCAAGUCUGUGGCCCUUUGCUAUUGGCUCCUAUCCAAUAUUCCCCAUCCCACUCCAAGGUACUACUCCUAAAGGAUUCCAUGGUCUUUGAACUUGUUACUGCCGUACAUUCCCACCUAUGCUCUUUUUUUUUCUGGGUUCUGUUCAACUGAAAUGUUCCCUCUCCUCACUAAGAACUAAAGAUUGUGUCUCGAGACUGAGUUUAGUGGAAGCAGCCAGUUCUUAAGUUCAAUUCUUAGACUUGUAACUGCCAUGUGAUGGGCAGGUGACUAUAAACAGCCUGUGACAUCUCUGUUGUAAUCACAAACUGUUACGUAGACUUUAAAUUUAGAUCUGGAUGUAUUUAAUCUGCUGUGUGUGUGUGUGUGUUACCUCCUGAGGGAUAAGCGUCACUGUGACACCCACAAAACUGGGCACACUAUCAAGUAGAAGAGCAUCAAUGGGUAGUUAGUGUGGACCUGAUGAGAGAUGGCCACCAAGCGGAGAGGUAGUUGAUCCCUCCCCUCCUCUCCUCAGACAGUUUCCCCAGGUGCUUCACUGCCCUGGGCCUGCCAUUCCUGGCUCAGCGCCCCAUGGUACACCCUGUCCCCUAUCUUAACACGCAAGAUUUGUAUGACUUUCAACAUCUGAUCCUUAAAGAUCUCUGCUCGGGUUCUUUUCUACACAGUGUUAAACUAGCUAACCGGUUAACUAACCCUGGCUGACAAGAGUUAUGGAAGAGGCUAGAGGAGACCCUCAGGACACAACUUUCUUUUAAGCAGAGUCAGGUGGCAACAAUAGCCCUGCUUUUGUGAUGGUCUAGUGAGUCAGGAGGCAAGGGAUGAUCCACAUUUGCCAGCAGCUGAUGUCUUCCCUUGUCUCGGUUCCCACAGCACUUUGUAUAUACCUCUCAUUGUAGCACAUUGUAUGUAGUUCUUCCAUUGUGUUUAUGUAUGGUUCCCCUCCAAUAGACUGUGAGCUCCUCAAGGACAGGGGCUGUGUGCUAGUCAGUGAUGUAUCCCCAGCACCUAGCCACAGUGCCUGACACACAGUAGGUGCUCAAUAAAUGUUUAUUGAAAGGAUA